UGCCUUCAGUGAGCCUUUGUCUCCGUCAGCGGCUGGGUCUGCUGGGCCUCUUACUUGCAGCCAGUAUUUUGCUAUUUGUGGGAAUCACAAAUCUAUGGCAUUGGAAAACUAGUUCUCGGGACUGGCAGUCUGAAAGUCCUGAUUUAGCAGACUUCUAAAUUGCACAAGGAACUGCCAUGAGGAGAAGAGGCUUCCCACUUCAGACACCUCCCUUUUCCCUAUACCCACUCCUCUUAAGAUGAGUAAAAAUUCAGAAUGACUAGAUGUGUGACUUGAAGUAUUAACACCAGUCUGCUGUUCCUAAAGAAAGGAAGUUGUCAAUAAAUAUAAUACCAGAGAGAUAGGAAAGCAUAAAAGACAACAAGCAACUCAUAAAGAAAACAAAAGGUACCUGGAACGGUUUCAUACCUUGGAGGCAACAGACACAAAUAACCCGUCUCUGAAUUACGGAGUGGUUAUUGAUUGCGGGAGCAGUGGGUCACGGGUCUUUGUAUACUUUUGGCCACCACACAAUGGGAAUCCGCACGACCUGCUGGACAUCCGGCAGAUGCGAGACCGUAAUGGCCAGCCUGUUGUCAAGAAGAUCAAGCCAGGGAUCUCUACUCUGGCAGCCACUCCAGACAAAGCUAGUGACUACAUCAGGCCAUUGCUCAGCUUUGCUGCUGCCUAUGUGCCCAGUACCAAGCACAAGGAGACUCCCCUCUACAUUUUGUGUACUGCAGGAAUGAGGCUGCUGCCUGACUGGCAGCAGACGGCCAUCCUGGAGGACCUGGUGAGGGAUGUGCCCUUGGAGUUUGAUUUCCUCUUCUCAAAAUCACAGGCAGAAGUGAUCUCUGGGAAGCAAGAAGGAGUCUAUGCUUGGAUAGGCAUCAACUUUGUAUUGGGAAGAUUUGACCACGAAGAAGAGGAAGAUGCAGUGAUUUCUGUGACCCUGGCUGGCCAGGAAGAAACCCUGGUGCGAAAGAGGACCGUUGGGAUCCUUGACAUGGGAGGUGCCUCUCUGCAAAUCGCCUACGAGGUGCCGACUUCCACGUCCUUCUCUUCCCCGCAGGAGGAGGAAGCUGCCAAGAGCCUGCUUGCUGAUUUCAACCUUGGCUGUGACAUGCAACACACGAAGCACGUGUACCGAGUCUACGUCAGCACCUUCCUGGGUUUUGGGGGCAACUAUGCCCGUCAGCGCUAUGAAGAGCUGGUGCUGAAUCAGACCACCACCCGCAACAGGUUGCAGGGUGAGCAGCUCGGUGCAAAUGCUGGGGUGCCCGUCUUGGACCCCUGCCUGCCUGUGGGACUGGAGGAUGUUGUGGAGCAUGGCGGCCAGACCCUGCACAUCAAGGGCCAGGGGGACUGGCAGUCGUGUGCAAAGCAAGUGCGCCUCCUGCUGGCGGGAGACAACAAAACCACGGUCUCUCUGCGCAACACCUAUCAGGCACCGAUUGACUUUGUUAACAGCGAAUUCUAUGGGUUCUCUGAAUUCUACUACUGCACCGAAGAUGUGCUGCGCCUGGGAGGACUGUACCACAUGCCCACGUUCACACGCGCUGCCCAGGAUUAUUGCAGCCUGAGCUGGUCCUUACUGACCCAGAGGUUCCGAGACCACCUAUACUCAGCACAUGCAGACCUGCACCGUGUCAAGUACCAGUGCUUCAAAUCAGCAUGGAUGCACCAAGUCCUGCACGAAGGCUUUCAUUUUCCCAAGGAUUAUUCUGGUCUGCGCACAGCCCAGUUGGUGUAUGAUCGUGAGGUACAAUGGACACUGGGAGCCAUUCUCUAUAAAACUCGGUUCCUGCCACUCAGGGAUCUCCGCCAGGAGAGCAUCCAUCAACCUCGCAGCCCGUGGCUCCGUCUCUCCUUUGUUUAUAACCACUAUCUUUUCUUUGUGUGCAUUCUUGUGGUGAUGCUUGCAAUUGGACUCUACCUCUUCCGUCUGCGCCGCAUCCACCAGAAGCAGUUGCACGUGGCACAGCUGGACCUGCUGUGGCUCGCAGAAGUGGUGCCGCUUCCAGCACAGGAGGCAGCUUCCUGACAAAAGAACUACCUCUCAGUGAACUCUCUCCAUGUCUGCCCUAUUGGCAGUGGCUUUUAAUGGGCCAGAAGCUGUGAUUCUCUUGCGGGCUAGUCCAGAAUUCUUCAGGACUCCAGCCCCAACCCCAGGGCCUAAACAGUGUCUGCUCAGACUUGCCCCCUAACCCAAGCCGCUCAACCCUAAUGGACUCUAGAUUUUCCUCCGUGGCUGAAAUCCCCAGCCACUGUGGGAGAAUCACGCUGCAGGUGCUGUGAGGCAAGGGAAGCUGAUCUCUGCUACCCUUGACAAUGGGCAAAA